AUGAAUAUGCCGAAAGAAUGCGAGGAAUCCGAGUUUUUCAAAGAAUCAAUUGCCGGCACAUUCCGCACACUGAACCGUUUUGUCGAUGGACAUCUACUACGGAAUGGAUGGAUCAACAUCGAUAAGGUGUUACUGGCAACAAACGAUGGGGUUGGAUAUGUGAUACCAUCUGGCAUCAAUACGCACGCAAUGCUUCGAAAAUUCCGCGAUUAUUUCCACGAAUGGAGUAAUUAUAAUUGCGUUAAACAUUGUGAAAAUGUUGAUUGGAAACACAAAAAUGUGUUAAUUUGGUUGCCGGAAUUUUCGAAUGAAAAAACGGAAUUCCGGCGAGCUCGUCAUAUUGGCUAUCAUCAAUGCUUCAAUUACUUCAUUGAAAUGGAUAGCGGAGAGAUUCGCAAAAUGCGCAGCAAUGCCGCCAACACCACUCUUCUACCAGCUAUUUUCAGCUCACGUGCCCCAGCAUUUUUCGAAUUUCGCUUCAGAUUCCCAAAGACUGUUGACGAACUUCGAAAGCUUAUAGCUCAAAUCCAGCGCGAAAAGCGGAUCUAUGUGAACGGAGUCGAUCGAUUCAUACGAAGUGCACGUAAAAAUUCAAACUUGAGAGCAGUGAUUUGCGCUACAAAACCGUUGGAUAAACCAUCGCUGACGCGUAUAUUCUGUGAAGACGUCGAUUGUCACGGAAUGUGCAAUGUCAUGCGACUUUUUGACUCUGCUAUUCAACGACUUUCAACCUCCACGGAAACCGACACUGUAGAUGAAUGGGAAUGCGACAUGACUUCUGAAGAAGCCCGCGAACAACACGCCUUCCAUCAAGAAUCCCUAGAACGCAUUCGUCAGAAGAAUGAAUGGAAUAAUCAAUGGAUAGGCGUGACGCGCUUGCAGCCUGUUAUGGAUGGUCCGCAAGAAAUUGACAACUUCUGGCAUCGUUAG